CUGCCCAGCGCGCGCAGUCGGAGGAAGCGCAGCCCGGUCCGCUGGGGUCGGGUCCGGCUGGGCCAUGGAGCCGUUGCCUGAGCCCGCGCCCCGGCCCGGACCCCGCUGUCUUCUGCUUCUCUCCCUGCUACUGUUGCUGCUGCUGCUACUGCCGGCCCCGGAGCUGGGCCCGAGCCAGGCGCAAGCCGAGGAGACCGACUGGGUUCGACUCCCCAGCAAAUGCGAAGUGUGUAAAUACGUUGCCGUGGAGCUGAAAUCAGCUUUUGAGGAAACCGGCAAGACCAAGGAGGUGAUCGACACAGGCUAUGGCAUCCUGGAUCGGAAGGCUUCCGGAGUCAAAUACACCAAGUCCAUUUCAGAGCCCCCAGACCAGAUGACCUAUCUUCCUUCCAGCUCUGACUUCCCUUUGCCCCUCUCGUGCUGCUGUCUCUGCAGGGACUUACGGUUAAUCGAAGUCACUGAGACCAUUUGCAAGAGGCUCCUGGACUAUAGCCUGCACAAGGAGAGGACCGGCAGCAACCGGUUUGCCAAGGGCAUGUCUGAGACCUUUGAGACACUGCACAACCUGGUCCACAAAGGGGUCAAGGUGGUGAUGGAUAUCCCCUAUGAGCUGUGGAAUGAGACCUCUGCAGAGGUGGCUGACCUUAAGAAGCAGUGCGACGUGUUGGUGGAAGAGUUUGAGGAGGUGAUCGAGGACUGGUACAGGAACCACCAGGAGGAAGACCUGACUCAGUUCCUCUGCGCCAACCACGUGCUGAAGGGCAAGGACACCAGUUGCCUCGCAGAGCAGUGGUCCGGCAAGAAGGGGGACACAGCCGCCCUGGGAGGGAAGAAGUCUAAAAAGAAGAGCGGCAAGGUCAAGGCCUCGGGCAGCGGCAGCAAACAGAGGAAGGAGCUAGGUGGCCUUGAAGAAGACCCCAGCCCCGAUGAGGAUGAGGGCAUCCAGAAGGCAUCCCCCCUUACACACAGCCCCCCGGAUGAGCUUUGAGCCUAACCCAGUGCCCCCUGUAUCAUGACCCCUGACCUGGAAGCUGAAGAAUCUGGGGCACAGCUCUGGCAGGCAGAUGGCUGUCCCUCUCCAAGUCCUCCCUGCCGUGCCAGCUUCCUGCCGGGAAAGACACAGGGCCAGGGAAGAGCUCAGAUCAGCUGCCGUCAGCCUACCGACCUCCUCCCUCUGCCAAGCGGCUGUCCUGACCCAGGCUUCAGGCAGGCCAUGCGAUUUCACGCCUACCAAGGACUCCAGUAUGAACUCCGGAGGGGCAGGUGUGGAGAGGGCACCCGGCCUUCACCUCCCCUCACUCCUUCCCAGCAGGGAAGCAAGACUACAGGCCUCCCCACCCCUGCUUAUCCCCUCCUGUGGACACCUUGCACUCUG